UUUUACAAAAUUAAACUAAUUUAACCCAACUUUAAUACACUCAACCUUUAAAAUGGCACGCUUUACAUGUCACAAAACAUAUACAGGCGAACUAUGUCUUAAUUAGCUUAAUUAAUACAAAAUGUAUGGUGCCUCUAUCCAUAAAAAUAUGGACUUCCCCUGUCGAUUUCUAUUUGAUUUUAUUCUGGUUUUGAUACCGGAUCAAUAUGGCGGCGACGUUGACGUGUGACUCAAGCACGCCGGGACUUCCGCGAGGAUAUGACGUCACAGUCAUAACUUCCCCCUCACAAUCAUAACAGACGACACGGCUCACACAAAGCGUUAGUAAGAAGCCAACAAAAUACAAAAUAGAAGAAAUGUCGGGUCGCUGUAUAAUCGCUGGAUGUCAGGAAGUUCCGGUGCUGUGUAGUCCGCAGUUGACCGUCUGCGCGUCUCAUAUCGGCUGCUUCCUAACUCAGACACAAUACAAUACAGGUUUCUCAAACUGGAUAGUGAUAAAUGGCGGUUCAGGACAGAAUGUGUUGGCACAGACUGCACCGACACUGAAUCCACAACCUGGUGUUGCUGUUCCCUGUGUUGCCGUACAGAAUACCAAUAAUUUCCCUGCAGUAAACACUGGUAAUGUAACUACUGUAAACACCAGUAGUUUGCCUCGUGUAAGACAUGCAGCCACGCAGACUGUACCACCAUCGAAAAGAUCAGUUGGUAUCCAACUAUCCAUGAGGAAGCUGAAAACCAAUGUUCGGAAUGCAGGGACACAAGCAACAGUGGUCAGCAAAAGCCGUGGAGUUGACACCCACACCUUCAGCCUGGACAGAUUGUUUCUACAACCAACACUGGUAAAGAGACCAGCAAAGAGACCUCGACUCAGCAUUUCAGACAAGGAGGAGGAGGAGAAGGACAGUCCUGAAUGCAGCUAGUUCAGGCGGGGUCAUUAGCCAGAGAUUUGAACGUGAAUCCGAGGACUCUUUCUCACUUGUGGAUUAGCAGUCUCAACCUUUCACAAACUCUCAAUGGGAAAGAACAAUUAAGAGUUCCACACUAUGAAACAUGUGCCCCAUUUUUCUUACAGAAACUCCUCUUCAUAAUGAAGGUGCAAUGUUCUUACCUUGAGUAUGCUGUACAUAAGUUGUUGGUAUCAGCAGUUACAAGGUUUAUUUUUUUUCCUAUUUGUAGUGUGCUGUGGUGAAAUAGGCAUCGGGAUAAUUGUAGUGGUAACUGUAUAAGUUUUCUUAAUGGAAGUUCAAUUGGGAUGUAUUCCUGUAUCUGAUACAUGAGAUCAUUCAAUGUCUUGAUAUUCCCAGGAAAAUGUCCAGAUAAACAAAUGUGAUCAGUGUCUUUGAGCAAGGCAUCAAACCCUCAGCUGCUCCACUGGAACUGUGACUGUUUUCUCUGUUCAUUGUUUAAAAAAAGGGGGAGGUUUGUGGUCAUGCUGAAGGUUCAACCACUAAUUUGUCUUUAGUUCCUGUUUCUACAAGUUAUGAGUACAAUGCAAUUUCACUUCUACUAAAACUAGACAAAACCUGUUACCCCUAACCCGUGACCUAUAUGACAUAUAAUGUGUCAGAGAGUUGACUAUAAUCUGAUCUAGAUCCUUUAUUAUGGUUAUUAUUAAAGCAUCAAUGUACAGAGAAUUUACACACGAAUAAAGUUCCAUCAUUCAGUA